GUAAGGUAAAGCGCGGAUUUUGAAAGCAGGAAUUUCCCUUUAGUACAGUAGGCAGUUCUUUUCGAAGUUAUAUUAAAUAAUUUGACAUGGCAGGGUUACACAUAUAAACUGCGUUUGUGUAUUAAGUGUGUUUCUUUGUAUUUGUACAUGUUUUGGUUUUCGAGGCUAAUAGUGACGCCAUCAAGCCGCGAUGUUUGUAAUGUUAGCUAACGUUAACUGCAACUUCACAGUGGUGAGUGGUGUCACUCAAGCGUCUUUCCUCCAGAGGACUUUGGAGCGGUUAUCAUCUACACAGAGCUUGAAACUGAAAACUGAGGAGGCAGCUCCUGUCGCUGUCAUCGCACUUCAGAGAUACCUGUCCGAGCAAACGAAAGGGCAGCAGCUCGACAGCUACAGCUACGAUGUGACAGUCACAGAUGGAGUCUGGCGAGCUAAAUGCUUCCUUCACCCCAGUUUGAAUCAUCUGGUGCACAGCAACAGCCUAAAGACCGGGUCUGAAAUCAGCAUCACGCAGUGCUCCUUUGUUUACAACGAAAGGAGGCUGGGACAUGGCUACAUCUGCAUUGAACAGCUCAGAUGUGCUGCAAAAAGAUCUGCUGUGCUGGCUCGUGUAAACACUGUCAGUUCACUGCCCAUUCUGGUCAAGCAGGGAAUGGAGAGGAGCGUGGUCUUGCAAAGUGAUGUCCCCCUUCAGGUGAGCCGCAAACAUUACCUGUCACUUUGGAACAACGAUGACCCAGAGGGCGACAUCUGGAUAUCAGGAUCCCCUUCAGCUGAUACUGUGCUGGACGUGUCCAAGGUUACACUUCUUUCUAGCCUGGACUCAUCCUUCAAAAACACGUGGAAGCCCCUCCCUCUCCUGGUGAAAAUCAUACACAAAUCCAGGUUAAGGUAUUAUGGAAAGUUUGGCCUCAAGAUUGAUUACCCAUACCAGGCAUACUUUGAAGUUGCUGACCAGAGUGGCACAAUGUCCCUUGUGCUUUGGAACGAACUUUGUCCCGAGUUUUACCAGCGACUGAAUGUUGGCACAGUGUUGUACCUUCAAAAUUACACUCUGAAACAGAGUUAUUCAAACCGGUCACGCCCACAAAUGGACCACCAUAGAAUGAAGACCUUUAACUCUGUCGAAAUCUGCCUGAACCCUCGCAACCCAGCUUCAGUCAUCACCGUGGUCUCACCAAAGAGCAUACUUCCUCAGUGGGGACUGCCUGACAUUUCCUACCAGUUCACUGCUCGGUCAGAGUUGGAGAAGCUGGCCAACAAUUCAGCAUGUGAUAUAAUUGGUUUGGUGACAUUUGUUGGCCGUGUUGAAAGAGUGAAGAGUAAAGGGAAAGGUCCAGAAAAGUACUGGACAUAUCGCUGGGUACAUGCAGUGGAUGGAACAUCUGACCAUCCUUUUAUUCUGGAGCUUUUUUCCACUUCUCAAGCAGAAAUCUUCAGUCAUAUUUGUCCGAUGACCUACCUGGUUUGCACUCAGAUGAGGGUUUGUCAUGUGGAAGGCUCGUUGCCGUACCUCACGAGCAGCUGUGAGACUGAGACGUUCAUCACAGGUUACCAUAAAGGUCAGCCGUACGUGAAUGACCCCAGAGUGAAGAGCUUCAUCCAGUGGACCAAGACUCUGAAGGACAAUGUUGUCCUCCAGAAAACAGCUGUUGGUGGCUAUUACCGCUACCCUCACCCCCCAGCGAUGUUUACACAGUCAAUGGCUGAUGCUCAAGUUCCUCUGGUUGCUGCAGCUGAUUUGAAGAGAGAGUUAGAAACCCUGCAGUACAGAGAACACAAGAAACUCGCAAUCCAAGGUCAGAUCGCAGCAGUGCAGUACAUGGAAACUCCAGAGCCACAGGGACUAAAAGACAAAGAGGUGCCCAGUGCUUCCACUGAUGUGUGUGAUCAAACUGUGACGUACCCCAGUCAUUCCUCAACAACAAAGCAGACUUUUGUGGAGAGUUUAACGUCUCACUGUACUGACAGCAGCUCUGAGAGCAGAAGGAAAAGAAGAAUUCAAAUAAGUAAAACCACACAAUCCUCCUUGAAUUGCGGUAACAUUCCAGCUAAAAGGAACGCUGGACGUAAAAAUACAAAUGAGGGUGAAGAGCAGGCGGAAGAAGAGAGCAACUCUGCAUUUGAGGAAGUUCAACAAGUGGGACUCAGUCUGCAAGCUGAAAAUCCAAAUCCAGACUCUAACGAUUUAUCAUGGGAAAGCAGCAGCUGGGUGAGGCAACAACAAGAAGUGUCCGAGCAUUUGUGUAAAGGCGGUCUGUGGCAGGACAGCAUCUGUCGGAGGUUCACGCUUGAUGAGAAGAACGUCCUGCUGCAGUGGAGUAACCUUCAGCCAACACGGUGGACACCACUGCGGACUGCUGACGCUCUCUCUCCUGUGCUUUGUCCAGGAUACUACCACGUAACAAUAUUAGGCAUUAAUAAGCAGAUAGCUGUUGAUGCUAUGUAUAUUCCUGUUGUUAGCUCCAGCGAGCCACAGGCUGUGGGCCUUCCUCAGGAUCCACAUGGCAACACGAUGCUGUCCUGCCUUUCAUCUGGUUUCCUCUGUCCUCUCAGCAACACUGCCAACAACAGUGAAGAGACUCUUCCCAGGCCAGAGGAAAUCUUGGCAACUGCCAGUGAGCUUGAAGACACACAUGUCGUGUGCAUCCUUGACCUUUGUCACCUGGGUGGAGAUAAGGUGGAAGUCAUGAUCAGCAAGGUGUACAGGUUGACGGAGGUUUCUCUUGACUAGAAGGUACACGAGAGCAAGCGCAGCAUGUAAAUAUCAGCAUUAAUCAUGUAACUUAACAGUUAUUUAAAAUAGAAGCAAUAGAAAGAGAUUCCCUGUUAUAUGUACAUUGAAUGUUAAAUAAUUUAUAACAUUUUUUUUUUAAUUACUU